AUGGCUGCCCAACAAAGCAUCGCUUCUCGCAACCGCCACUAUAUAAUAAAUAUUAGUCCAAACUUCUCAACAUCGACCGCCUUCCACGCGACGUUACUUGCGCUGGUGCUCGCUGCAUCCGUUGCGACCUGCAGAGGCCAACCCGCGCUCCCACAACCGACUAGCCCCAAAUGUGACUUUAGCGAUGGCGAGUGGUCUUACUCCAAGACGAACCCUCGAUACAAGGGAUGUCCAUACAUUCGCGAGAUCUUUGACUGUAGAGACAACGGGCGGGGCGACCGGCAGUGGGAGAAGCAGAAGUGGUCGCCCCGUUAUUGCGCAAUCAAGUACUUUAACGCGGACAGAUUCCAAAAGCUCUUGGCUAACAAGACGAUUGCGUUUAUAGGUGACUCGCUAAUGACCAACAUGUGGGAGAGCUUCACGUGCACGCUAUGGGGAUACCACAUCAAGAUGCUGCCCGUGCAAAAGCGACUGGGUCCCGAGGCGAAAUUCACAGGCUUCCACCUACCCCAAUCCAACACAACCGUACUGUACCGCUUCUCAUCCUACCUCACCAAGGCGUCGAGAAGCGAAGGCCGAGACCCCCUGCACGGGGGCAGACACGGCUACAAUGUUGACGUCGAUGUAGUGGACCCCGUUUUAAGCGCCGCUGUGUCUAAAGUGGAUGCGGUGGUGCUGACGAGCGGGAUGUGGUGGCAGGCGAACGUUCCUGGAAGGAAGGCUACGAACAUUUACAAGAUGCAGGGUGUGGAUGUCCUGUACUCCGACUUAAACGCGUACAAAAAGUCACUGUACACCGUGCGAGAGCUGCUGCUGAAACACAAGUCAAGACUGCUAUCCUACUAUAUCUCCUUCUCCCCCCAGCACAAGUUUGAGCCCCGUUUCGCCUCCAUGCCUGGCACAUGCGGUUACAGCCUCCCCCUCAACCAAUCAGCAGCAAAGGCCUUUCUCAACAACCAGGCAGCCAGCGCGGUCACUUACGAAGCAGCUCAGCGCCAAGUUUUCUCCUCCCCUACUCCUGUCAGGCUUUUAGAUAUUACCGAAAUUUCUGCAGCCAGGCCGGAUGGGCAUGUGGGGCAGUAUGGGGCGAAGGGGGGUCUGCCUGCAGGGCAAGUUGCAGAGAGAGGGGAUUGCAGGCACUGGUGCUUGCCGGGGGUUCCCGAUGCCUGGGUGGAUUUGCUUUACACGGCUUGGGAGAAUGAGCCUGCACUUGUGGUCCCGGCUAAAAAGAGGAUUACCACGGGGAACACGGACGCCUCGCAUGGCGACAGAGUCAGCAGGUCGGAGUCCGUUCUUAGAGGUCACCGGCAGGAACGAAGGAUGCGGGAGUUGACCGAAGAGGCAUCGAGCGAUUGCGGAAAUAUGCGAGUGUGCGUCAAUCGCACGGCUCUCGACGACUAUGUCGCACGGGAAGAUGACAGCUAUAACUGGUACGACACGGGGUUCCGCAUCCAGGGGAGGGUGGACGCGCGGUACGGCGGCGGCGAGUGGACGGGGAUCGUGCUGAACAUGACGUCGCAGCGAUGGCUCAAUGCCUCCGUCACCUCCUGCAGCCUCUGGUGGCAUUACCUGCUGCUCCUGCGCUUACAGCCUCUGGUGGCUCUGCCUGCUGCUCCUGGUUCGCUUGGCUCCUCCAUCCUUCCUUUCCACACGCCACAACGACCCUCCAACCUCGUGGAACCGCUUGCCGGAAUUCUCCUCUCUCGCACUCCUGUUCCUCCUCACCGUUCUAACCCGGCCCAUCCUCUCGCGUCCAAUCUGCUCUCACCCUCUCUCCCCACCUCCUCUCACAGGCUUGCUGUGCAGGCGGGCACGCUAGGCGCCGUGCUGUUCCAGGUGCCGAACCAGCCGUGCACCGUCCGCACCAACGGCACCACAGAGCCGUCCCUCUCAGAAGACUCGCUCGUUGCAGCCACGUGGCGUCAGUUCCUGCUGAACCCCUCGGACGCGGAUUGGCCGGCAACACUGCCCAUGGCCAAGGCGGGAGUGCGAGCUAUGGACGCGAUUCAAGAGGCCGUCCCGGUCUUCUUCCCCUCCCUCGCUGUGCAUCGCUUUGCAGUGGCAGGCGUGAGCAAGAGGGGGCUGGCCUCGUGGGCUGUAGCAGCGGUGGAUAAGCGAGUGGUGGGGCUGUUGCCGGUGGGAGCAGGAGCAAUCAACUUCGUAGCCUCGUUAAAGCAUUACUAUCAGUCGCUGGGCGGCUGGCCCAUCACCUUCAAGCCUUACGUGGCCAAUGGCGUUACCAAGAACAUGCUCAGACCCAACAUGCAGAAGCUCGUGGCCAUCACGGAUCCGUACAGGUACCGGCAUCGCUACAGCAUGCCGAAGCUGCUGCUGUUUGGCGCCAAUGACGAGUUCUUCAUGAUUGAUGACACCUACUACUUCUACUGGGACAUGCCCGACCCCAAGUUUCUGCGCAUUAUGCCCAACCAGGAGCACAUGCUCCUGCAGAACAACCCCGAGGUGAUUCUCUCCGGCAUCCCUUUCUACUCCUCCAUUGUCUUCUCCACCGCUCUGCCUCCCUCUCCACCCCCUUCCACACUCCCCUCCUCCGCCUCGCCAUCAACAUCACCAGCAUCAGCAGCACCACCAUCAUCACCAUCAUCAUCACCUGCAUCGCAAACAGCAGCAGCAGCGGCAGCAGCAGCCACUAGCACCGGUCGCCCUCUCAGCGUCCGAUCGCGGGGUUCACAGCCAGACUGGCCGCAGCUCACAUGGUACCUGAACAUGCCCGGCGCUGCCAUUGAGGGCACUAUGGACCGACGCCCCACCAAGAUUAGGGCGUGGUACUCCCGUUCUGCUCGUCGCUACGUGCGCCGGGACUUCCGGUGGAUCGUUGGAGGUGCCUCCGCCACCUGCUUCCUCAAGGUGACUCAGGUGCCGCUGCUGGGCGACCUGUGUCCGCAGGCAGUGCUCUUCCAGCCGGUGCCUGUGCGCCCCGCUUACAGCGCCCUCGACCGCCUCUGGCACUUCCGCGCACGCAUCACUAACUUCCCCAAGGUCGGCUACAAAGCUAUUUUUGUGGAGGUGGAGUUUCCACCGUUGCGGCCGUCUGGUAACAACAUAACCUUGACAACAGAGGCACUGGUUGUGCCUAACAGCUUUCCAUUCUCGUACUGCACAGGCUCGAAGUGUGAUAUGCGCCUCGUGUAG